UUUGACAGUUUGGGCAAUCGUUCAAUUGUAUGUAGUUCAUUCCAUCUCGUUCGGCUGUAUAUAUCUGUCUAUAUAAACUAUAACUUGCUUUAUGCCUAAUAAAUAUACAAUUUGAUUGUAUUAUUCCAUUCGGAGAGCGACCAAGCACAUAAUAGCAUCUUGAGAGAGUACCAAAAAAAAGCGAAUAGAAAAACACAUUCGCAUUGUCGGUCGAAUUUGUAGUCAGAAAAAUCGAAUUCUAAGAAGCGAAAAAGACACGUAAGAAAGUCUAGUGCAGUGCCCCCGACCCAAAUUACAAAUAAUGGAAAAAAUGGUGAUAACAUAAAAUUGUUGGUAUUCAAAUAAGCGGCCAUUGAUGAAGUGCCAAAUUGAGCUGCUCUCAUUUUAACAAUCAACUGAAGGCGAUUGGAAAUCGAAUACUAGUCAACGCAAAGGAUACGAAUCGAAUCCAAAAAUUUUAAAAAGGAAGAAGAAGAAAUCUAUACUUAUUUUUUUUUUAAAGAAAAGACACAAACAAUGACCGGCUGUUAGAAUUUUAUCAAGGCAAAAAAAGACGAUUAACAAAAAUUGACACAUACACACGAAUCGCAUUUUAAAACCAAAUAAACAUCCUACGCAAUUUAUACGACGAAAAUAGUAAGGAAUUAGAAACAAAGCAAAAAAGAACUAGAGCAUAAAGAAUAAAAAAAUGGGAAAUACGAAGUCAUGUUGUUCGUAUUCGAGUCCGCAACCAGUGCGAAAAACAAAAGAAACGCCAGUAUUUGAAGAGCAUCUUCCCGAAGGUGAAUUAUCGACGAAUAAUUUACAGCAUAUAUCUGAACGUGAGUUGGGUGACAUCGAUACGGUGGAUCCGUCAUGUAAUCCAUCGGCAAAAACGAUGUUCCUGGAACGAUCAAAGCAAUCGUUCGACAAUGGCAUCACACGUAAACGAUCUCAAUACCAAAUUGCACAACAAACUACGGCAUCUGGUGGCGGUGGCAGUGGUGGUGCACUAAAAAAGUCUAGUUCAUGUUCAACGAUAUACCUGGAUGACAGCACCGUAUCGCAGCCAAAUCUCAAAAAUACCGUCAAAUGUGUAUCGCUCGCCAUUUAUUAUCACAUAAAAAAUCGACAAUCCGAACGACGUCUCGACAUAUUUGACGAACGAUUACAUCCAUUGACCAGAGAUCCCGUUCCCGACGAUUUUGAUCAAAUCAAUCCGGAGCAUAGACAAAUUUAUAAAUUCCUUCGCACACUAUUCAAUGCCGCGCAAUUGACGGCCGAAUGUGCUAUAAUCACAUUAGUCUAUUUAGAGCGUCUUCUUACUUAUGCCGAAUUGGACAUAGGCCCAUGCAAUUGGAAACGAAUCGUACUCGGUGCAAUUCUAUUGGCUAGCAAAGUGUGGGACGAUCAGGCCGUUUGGAAUGUGGACUAUUGCCAAAUUUUAAAAGACAUCACCGUCGAAGAUAUGAACGAAUUGGAGCGACAAUUUUUGGAAUUGUUGCAAUUCAAUAUCAAUGUACCGUCAUCGGUGUAUGCCAAAUACUAUUUCGAUUUGCGGUCAUUGGCCGAAUCAAAUGAUCUAUCAUUUCCGACCGAACCGUUGUCAAAGGAUCGGGCACAACGAUUGGAAGCGAUGUCACGCGUUAUGCAGGACAAAGUCACCGCUGAAGCACUCAAAAAUGGCAUCAAACGAUGGUCAUCCAUGGAUAAUAUUAGCCAUGGACAGGGUGGGCCGCGACGAUCCGUUGCUAUAUUAUCAUGAUUCCUUUUUAAUGAUGAAUUUGAAUUUGAUUUCAUUUUAUUCUAAUUGUCUACGCAUAUAUUUGAAUGAAAAGCAGACGAAGAAGGGAAAAGAAGUAGAAGAAGAAGGAAAAUUUCAUCCAGUUUUUAUUUUGCUCGAUCGUUUUUGACUUUGGAAUUAGAAGUGAAAAGAAAAUGUCUCUUAUUUUCAAUUUAUUUUCACUUAGCUACAAGUAACGACUUGAAUUUUGAUUAUUUUCUUUUCUUGCAUUUUGACACCAAAAUUAUUGCGCAUACCAACAAUUUAACGAAAACACACACAUAUAUGUUAAUUUUUUUUUGCUCAUUUUAACAUUGAAUUUCUUUUUACACCAACAUGUACUUAUUUGUAUAUCAAGCAACUACAACAAAAAUCAUUGAUAUUUUUUCACACACACACACACACACACACACAUUUCAAUAAAAAGUACUGUCGCAUUUUUUUACAGCGUAA